AAUCGCCAUCACUAUUCUCGAUAUCUGUAAUUCAUUUUCAUCCAUGCGCUACUUUCAUUUCGUUCAGACUUCAAUCUCUAUAAUUCUUCCUUAAAUCUUCAAUCAUCACUCAAUCCAUGGAGAAUGAUGGCUUUGCUGCUUUUCCAGACGUCAGUAGUCAAUCCAUGGAGAAUGGUGUCCAUUUCACUGAUUUUGCAGACGUCAUCAAUCAAUCCAUGGAGAAUGAUGCUCCCGCUGACAUCCUUUUCAAUGAUUUCGCAGACGUGUUUGUUGUUGAAACCAUCGAAGUAUUUUCAGCCGUAAUGCAAGAUUUUGGGAAAAGAAUAAAGAGCAACUCCCCGUUUUUGCCUGUUACUGAGAAAAGGAAAAGAGUUGAAGAUUUCUAUUUCAUUGGAAGACCGAAUGUAGUUGAAGUUCAGCCACUGGAUGUGGUGAGGACCAAAGGUUCGUGCAACGACUCUGGCAACCGUCUUGUGUCGCAAAAAGAGAAGCCUAUUAUGUUGCAAAGCAAACCAAAGCGUAGUUGUGUGAAUGUCGUGAAUUAUGUCACCACGACUCUAAGAAUUGUGGCAAACAAAAAGAAAAAAAAUAGUCAAUAA